GCAGGCUUGACAGAGAAAGAGUGCAUAGAAGCAGAGAUUUCAAAACCACAAGGAUGAAGAAGAUUGCAGUCUUGAUUUUAUCGUUCAGCUGCUAUCUAUGUGAAGUGCAAGUUAAUGAAAACAAUGACAAAGUCCGUCAGUGCUCAGGAUCAACCAGCUGCUGUGACAUCUACUCCCUCACUUCUAUCAGUCAAAACCUGGGAGCAGUGGGAGAGAAAGUCACAAACAUGGCGGAAAAAAUAACACUCCUGGAGGCUAAGUUGCAAAACACUGAAAAAGAAGUCCUGGAGCUACGGAGCCUGACUGGAGGCACACCUCAGGUGGCCUUUUCUGCAGCUCUCAGGGAAUCUGGCUCUGGAAACACUGGACCUUUUACCACUGCUACCCCAUUACAGUAUAAGAGGGUCUUCUCCAACACUGGCAAUAGCUACAAUCCUUCAACAGGCAUUUUCACAGCAGUGGUCAAAGGAAUGUACUUCUUUCGAUUCUCCAUGUUCAACAACCUCAAUCCUGUUCCCAACUCUGUCGUGAGUCUCAUGAAGAACGGUCAACGGCUGACAUCUGUCUGGGACACCUCAGGGUCUGAUGGCAAUGACAUGGGCAGCAACGCUGUGGUCAUCCCCCUCGAGGUGGGAGACAAUGUGUAUGUGGAGCUUCUGGAAAACAGGAUGGUCUAUGAUGAUGGCAUGAACUACAACACCUUCAGUGGUUUUUUGCUCUUCACUAUAUGAUUCAAAGUACAUGAUUUCAGGUCUGAAUGUGUCUUCAUGCUUUUACAGUAAAAGGAAUAUACACUUUAUUCAUACUGUGUUGUGUUUAGCUGAACAAGCAGCAAAUUAGGAAAAUGUAAAUACAAUUUGAGACAUUUUAUUAAUAACAUCUGGGUAACAAAAUAAAUACGAAACUUUCUCUGCACAGUGCCUGUUUUGUUCUAUUUUCAUCUCAUAAUGUCAUGAUUUAAUCAUUUUCUUGUACAGUUACAAUGUGACUAACAGUGUGGUUAUUUGGACUGAAGGUAAACAUGCACAUAAGAAUGGUUUGAAAAAACACAAUAGAAAAUAAAAUAAUAAUAUAAAAAUA